AUGACUGAGCUCUCUGAUCCAAGUUUACCCCCCUUGUCCACUCAUUGCCGUCAUAGAAGCUCUUCCAAGAGGAUGUCUUAUUCGGGUGAGAUCGUAGAAGGAGACGACGAGGAAGAAGUCAGAAAGAGAGCUUCCAGAUUGUCCAGAGUGUCGUCACUCGAAGGAGGCGAUUACCAACAGCGACCUUCCAGUUUUUCCAGGAGACUCGCCUAUCCUCGAUUUGAUCGAGGAGUCAGUCCCACUUCGUUGAUGGAUGCCAUUUGCGAUCCCUUUCAUCCCAACAUGAUGGAUCAUCAACAACAACAGAAAAAGCAACAACAAUACGAGACUUUUGGAGCGCCACCCGCCGUUCGAGAUUUAAUGGCUUCCUUUUCGUCGUCGUCGUCGUCGUCAUCCGAGGACGAAUCGUCGGUAGAUGGCAGUGCUGCAGCUGCUCCUGGCACACCUUCGCCCAAGCGAUAUCGGCAAAGGAUCCUUCCUUUCAUAAAGAUGGUUGAUUUCGCUGUGAAAUUCCAGGGGCUUUAUUUUGUCACGAGAGCUACUCCAAAGGAGAGCUACUCGAAUGUUCAUUCGACCGCUACCGUGCUUCGAUUGCAGUAA